UCCAGUGAAGUUGUUAACUUUUUUUCUCAAUUUAAUGAGCGAAAUACGCAUUUAUGCAUAUUAAAGUAGUUAAUUUUUAUAGAUAUUUUUUACUAUGAGUGUUUCUGAAUGGCUUCUGGUUCUAACCGGAGUUGUUACAGCUCUUUACUUUUGGAUAAAACAUCACUAUUCAUAUUGGCGUCGACAAAAUGUUCCCUUCAUUGAACCGAAUAAAAUAUUUGGAAAUCUCAAGGAAUUAAUUUGCAUGACAGUCAAUCCUGCAGCUCAUAUAGCUUCGCUGUAUAAUCACAAAAAUGCUCAAGAUCAACCAAUUGUUGGUAUUCACAUUUUCCACAAACCUGCACUUCUCUUACGUGACUUGGAUUUAAUCAAAACAAUUAUGAACAAGGAUUUUAAUAAGUUCUCAAACAGAUACACGUCAUGCGAUCCACAUGGUGAUCCUUUAGGGCAUUAUAACCUUUUCUUUUUGAAGAAUCCACAGUGGAAGGAAAUGAGAUCAAAAAUUACUCCCGUUUUCACGGGUGGCAAAUUGAAGCUAAUGUUUCCACUUGUUGCAAAGAUCGGAGUGGACUUAGAUGAUUAUUUGUGCAAGAUGCCUUUGGAUUCAGGAAAUUGCAUCAAAGAAGUCAAAGAAAUCAGUGCUCUCUUCACCACUGACGUCAUUGCGUCUGUGGCAUAUGGUCUCGAAGCGAAUUGUUUGAAAAACCCCAGAAGUGAAUUCCGUGAACAGGGAAGUGAAAUUUUCAAAUGGACAACGUACACAACUAUUCAAUUCAAUGGAAUAUUCUUCUUACCAGAAUUCACGGGGUUGUUUGGUUGGAAGACGUUUUCCAAAAAGGCUGCUACGUUUAUUCGUGAAACUAUAGCCUUUGUGAUUCGUGAAAGAAUGAAGUCUGGAGAUACCCGAAAUGAUGUGAUAGACACUCUUGUAUCUUUGAAAAAUACUGCUGCAGCUGAAGGUGUGCAGUUAGAUGAUGAAACUCUUAUUGCAGUAGCGGCUGGAUUGUUUACUGCUGGUUUUGAAACGACUGCCUCCUCCAUCGCAUUUGGAUUGUAUGAAUUGUCAAAAAAUCAAGAAGUUCAAAACCGUCUUCGUGAAGAAAUCAAAGAAUGUUUGGAAAAAAACGGAGGAAAUAUAACUUAUGAUGGUCUUCAAGAGAUGGAAUAUUUGAAUAUGGUUGUUCAAGAAAUAUUGAGAUUAUAUCCAUCGUUACCGUUCUUAGAUCGAGAAUGUACUCUGCCAAAGGGCGAAAAAGAGUACUCCCUGGAGCCUUAUAGUGAUUUUAAUAUUCCUCAUGGAAUGCCAGUUUAUGUUUCAGUCUUUGCGAUUCAUAAAGAUCCAAAGUACUUUUCAAAUCCCGAUGAAUUCGAUCCUGAAAGAUUUUCCGCAGAGAAUAUUUCAAAUUUAGUGCCUAAUUCUUAUAUGCCUUUUGGAACAGGGCCGCAUAAUUGUAUUGCAGGACGUUUGGGAAUUAUUAAAGUUAAAAUUGGUUUGAUAAGCUUCUUGCGAAACCACAAAGUUAACACUUGUGAGAAAUCCCAUAAAACACUAACACUCGAUCCGAAAGCUGUACUCUUGCAAGCUAAAGGUGGACUUUAUUGCAAGUUUAUCAGAGAUCCACUUUUCAAAAAAAUAGGAAGUGAAUUGAAUCAAUAUCUUUGUCGAUUGACUAAAGAUACAAAAGAAUGUGUUAGAGAGGUUAAGGAAAUCAGCGCCCUCUAUACCACCGAUGUCACUGCUUUGGCGGCUUAUGGAAUAUAUGCAAAUAGUUUGAAAAAUAAGAACAGUGACUUCCGACGAAAUGGUAAACCAAUCUUCACAUGGACCACACUCAAGGCACUUGAGUAUAUUGUAAUUUUCUUUGUUCCACACUUGGUGAAACUUUUUCGUGCAAAGGUAUUCUCUCCGGAAUCAACCAAAUUUCUGCGGAAAUCCAUAAGUUUUGUAAUGGCUGAUAGAGCCAAAUCCAGAACAACAAGAAAUGACUUAAUUGACAUUCUGGUGCAGUUAAAAAAGACCUCUGAAGAUAAGGGUGAAUUUGUGGAUAUAAACAAGCUAAUCGCACAAGCUGCUGUCUUUUUUACGGCGGGCUUUGAGACUUCUUCUUCAACUAUUGCCUUUGGAUUGCAUGAAUUGUCAAGGAAACCCGCUUUACAGAAGCGAUUAAGAGACGAAAUAAAAAAGUCACUUAUGGCAAAUGAGGGUAAAUUAACCUAUGACUCCCUGAAUGCUAUGGAAUACUUGGAUAUGGUGAUUCAAGAGGUCUUGAGAAUGUACCCACCACAACCAUUCCUAGACCGAAGAUGUACUUUAGCCAAAGGUGAGGAGGAGUUCUCACUAAGUCCACAGCUUGACUAUAAUAUUCCAAAUGGUAUGGCUGUCUACUUUCCAGUCUUUGCUAUUCAAAGAGAUCCAAAGUACUUUCCGAACCCCGAUGAAUUCGAUCCGGAAAGAUUCUCCCCAGAGAAUAAGCCAAAAAUAACACCAUUUUCCUACAUGCCAUUUGGCGUUGGACCACACAAUUGUAUUGGCGAACGAUUAGGAACACUUCAGUCUAAGAUGGGACUUGUAAAUUUUUUAAGGAGUCAUUACGUGGAGCCUUGUGAAAAAUCACACAGCAAAAUUAUACUAGACCCCAAGGGAUUGCUUUUAAGUGCCCAAGGAGGAAUUUAUGUUAAAUUAGUUGAGGAUUUAUUGUUUAUUGAGAAAUAAAUCUUUAUUUUU